AUGGCGGGGGACCUCGUGGUUGGGAUGCUGUAUAACUUGUUACUACCCCUGCUCCUGCUCACUGCUUCAUCUUUCCGCUAUAAUGGUCUGUCACUGGUAUAUUUCCUGUUUUUGCUCAUCUUACCGCUGCUGCCGAACCCGAGUCUGGUCACCAUGAAAGGUCAAACUGGGCAGUUCCUGCGGCUGAUCAUCUACACGAGUUUGAUGUUCCUGACCCUGCAGUGCUUCAUGCAGAUCCCCUUCGCAUACAUUCCUCCACAAGUUAGUGGCUUCUGGGAUGGAUUUCUCUACCAUUUGGGAAUUGUAAGAUUUAGCUCGGUUGAUCCUGGGAAUAUUGUACGUCUCCUGCUCCCAGACGUGGGCCUCUUGGUCUCUACGUUGUUCAUACUGAGGCUCUGCAGGAAACUGCUACGCCCUGUGCCCCAGGUCAACCUCCAUGAAAACGGAAUCCCGCCCUCUGACCCGCAGGAUGUGGAAACCUCUGACACGGAGUCAGAGGAUGGAAGUGAAUUAGAGGGUUCGUCCUUUGACAGCUCAGAAGAGACUACCCUGCCGGUACAGUCGGGUCCACCACAAUUUGUCCAGAAGCUCAUAGUGUUUGCAGCUGGACUGAGGCUGCUGCUGUCAGCUAUCAUGAACACAGCAGGGAAGGUGGUGGUGACUCUGCUGCUGGGGUUGGCAGGUAUCAUACUGCCCUCCCUUACCUCAGGAGUGUACUUCGGGGUGUUCCUGGGGCUGGUAUGGUGGUGGGUGUUUGGCCGCUCCAUCAGCAUGCUACUCUUCAGCUCCCUGUGUGUGAUGAUGGCCAUUUUCAGCGGAGGACACCUGCUGGUUCUGUAUCUCUAUCAGCUGCCACUUUCCCAGGCGCUUAUACCACCAGAAGAUGUUUAUCCCAGAUUGUUUGGUAUGAUAGGAGUCAUCAGAUCCGACACUUCAAACCUGCACUCUCUUAGCAUGCACACAAACGUCAGCUGGCCAGACUUCCUCAACCCUUUGGUUCUUCUACUCCUCUACUACACACUAGUGGCUUUGCUGCACAAAUGGGUUCAUGUCACAGAGAAGACUUUUGAUAGUGAUUGUGCUUCUCAGGAUGAAGCAGAUGAGGUUGAGAGUCCAGUAGAAAGUCCAGACGCUCCUCCAAGCUUCUCCAGGGUCAUCUACAUCUCAGGAGAUAAGCAAGAGCUUUUAAGUAGCACAGAUGAGGAAACCUAUCUACCUGACGAGCCAAUGAUUUUGAUCAAAGGAAACUCCUGGCAAGAUCUCCACACUGACAGUCUUGGAUGUCCAUUAGGAGGGGCAGGUUACACAAACGGUUACCCUCUACCACAUUAUGAGGGCAAGGACUCACUGUCUCAUGACACAGAAAGCGAGGAAGAUGUGGAGGAGAAGACUGAGGAGGUCCAUGAGAGUUUGACAGACACCUUGCCUCUACCUUCAGGCCCAAGUGGUCUGGUCAUUUUUGGUCAGCAGGUGCAAAAGCACAGCUACGUCAGCGGCCUUAUCAUCAUGAUGAUUUGGAGUAUCACCUACAACAACUGGCUGACUUUCGCCAUGCUUGUGUGGUCCUGUAUAAUUUGGAUGAUGAGAGACAGAAGGCGGUAUGCCAUGAUGUCCGCCCCUUUCCUCGCCAUCUAUGGCACCGUGCUGGUGGUGCUGGGCUUCUUCAGCGGGCUCCGGCUGAGCCGGGCCGAGUUGUACCCGGGUCUGCCCCCGGCGGUCAUAGUGGACUUUGACCUGAACAGCUAUCACCCUGCACCCUGUGUCCACCUGGGAGCAAAGGUCUUCUACACCUUCAGCUUUUGGUUGAUGUUUCGUCAGCAGCUGAAGGAGAGACAGGAGGGGCAGAGCAUGAAGGCAGAAUCUCUGGAUGAAGUCAAAGUCGUGCCACCGGAGGAAAAUCAACCAUCUCCUCUGGUAGCGAAACUGAUCUCAGGUGUAAAGGGGUUUCUGGUGAAGUACUGGAUCCUCUUCUGCUGCUCUAUGUUCUUUGUGGUCAGCUUCUCUGGAAAGGUGGUCGUAUACAAAAUCCUCUACAUUGUCCUCUUUCUCUUCUGUGUUGUUCUCUACCAGAUUCGUUAUGACGUGUGGCGUCGACUCCUGAAGACGUUCUGGGCAGUGGUUGUCGGUUACUCCAUGGUGGUGUUGAUAGCUAUCUACAUGUACCAGUUCAGAAGCGUGUCUGGGCUAUUCAGACAAAUCAUGGGGAUGUCAGAGGAAGGUCUUCGUGACCUGGGUCUGGAACGGUACGACACCGUGGAGCUGUUUGCACGCAUUCUGCUUCCUGCUACGUUCCUUUUGGCUUGCAUCCUCCAGCUUCAUUAUUUUAACUCUGACUUUCUGACUCUCACUGACCUGGACAACGUACCUGUCAGAGAAACUUCCAGAGAGGAAGAGCUCAUGAAUUCAGUCAAUGAGAUAUCUGACACCAUUAAAGAAAACAUUCAAAAGCUCCAGAAACGGCUUGUAAAGGAGCAGAUGGGAAAUGGUAAAAGUCAGGAGACUCUGGCCAGCAUUGGACAGCAAAGCUCCUCAGAAAAAGGGGCAGAAGAGCAGGAGGAGGAGACAGGAGAAGAAACAGUGCACAGCAGCAGUGAGGACAAGUGGAUUGUGAUUGUGGAUCGGACAAGCCUGCUGCUCAUCCAGGGUCUGUCGGGGCUUCGAAGGCUCCAGGAGCUGAGCUGGAGGCUGAUGGAGCUCCACAGCCUCAAAAUUGUGUCGUCUGGCAUCAUCUGGGUAUCGCUGCAAGAGGUUUCACUGAUGAACUUGCUUUUCCUGGUUCUGUGGGCAUUUGCACUCCCGUUCCCACGGUUACGACCUUUGGCAUCAAGCAUCUCUGCUGUGUGGGCAUGCGUCAUGGUGGUGUGCAAGAUGUUUUACCAGCUCAAAGUCAUCAAACCUCUUGAUUACUCCUCUAACUGCACUGCUGGUUUACUUCCCUCCAACAGCUCGGGCCUGGAUGAUGGAGCAGAGCUGAAGGGAAACAUGGUGGAGUUGCUGAGGAGGUCUAUCCUCUACAUCGAGCCUGUUGACCCCGUCUACUGGUGUGGAGCACUGCGCAAGUGUGAGGGCAGGAUCCUCCCUUGUCUCAGGAACCAUCUGAUGGUCCUGGGUCUGCUGGUGUUCGAGUCUACUGUCCACCGCCACCAGCUCUACUUUCGUCUCAAUAACAGCCUGAAGCCUCCACCCUUCAGCAUUAUCUUCCAAGGCAUCACCAGGCAGCACCUGGAUCAUGGCAUCCUGCCAUGCAUCAAGUACUUCAUCAACUUCUUUUUCUACAAAUUUGGACUCGAGAUCAGUUUAAUCGUUGCAGUCAAUGUGAUUGGUCAGAGGAUGGAUUUCUACGCCCUGCUCCAUUCCUGCGCCUUACUAGCCGUCCUGUCUCGGCGACGCAGGAAGGCGAUUGGUGAAGUGUGGUCUAAAUACUGCACGUUUACAGCGGGCCUCAUGGUCCUGCAGUAUCUGCUCUGCAUCGGCAUCCCUCCUGCUUUCUGUGUUGAUUACCCCUGGAGAACAGCUGUUCACCCUUUGUCUUCUAAUGUGAUUAAGUGGUUUUACAUGCCGGACUUUGCCAUGAGACCCAAUCCUUUAUUCAUAUUCUAUGACUACCUCCUGCUUCUCUGCUCGUCUCUGCAGUGGCACGUGUUUGAGGAGGAGAACCGAGCUGCAGUGCGACUGCUGGCCGGGGACAAUGUUGAGAUCAGCCGCAGUUUGGAUCCUUGCUCCUUCAACCAGUUCAUACCUGUUGACAACUUUCUUCACUGCAGGUGCUAUCUUGAUAUGGUGAAGGUGUUUGUUUUCAGCUACUUCUUUUGGCUGGUGCUUUGUCUCAUUUUCAUCACUGGCACGACGCGCAUCAACAUCUUCUGUCUCGGCUACCUGGUGGCCUGUUUCUACUUUAUGCUGUUUGGAGGCAGUGUGCUGAUGCAGCCAGUCAGAUACAUCCUGCGGCUGUGGGACUGGCUCAUUGGGUACACCUGCUUUGUGAUCGCCAUGAAGAACCUGCUGUCUCUGGGUUCUUGUGCCUACCUGGACAGCCUGGUGAAGAACAGCUGCUGGCUAAUUCAGGCGUUUAGCAUGUUUUGCACCAUCAAAGGCUAUGAUGUCCCUGAUCCUGAUGAUGAAUGUGAGCUGCCUGCAGGUGAAGCCGGCAUCGUCUGGGAUGCGAUCUGUUUCACUGUCCUCUUGGCACAAAGGAGGGUCUUCCUCAGCUACUACUUCCUUUAUGUGGUGUCUGACCUCAAGUCUUCUAAGAUAUUGGCCUCUAGGGGCGCUGAAUUGUUUGAGGCCAAAGUGAAAAAACAGGUAGCAGCCCGACUGGAGAUGGAGAAGAAAUCAGUGGAGACUCUGAAGAAACAGAUGGAGAAGAUCAAAUCUAAACAGAAGAGUCGACCUGCACCACCAGAAGGACCUCUUGCUGAUCAGGAGCAGGUGACACCUGGUGAUGACGAGAAGGCAAAGAGAGACGCAGGAAAAUGGUGGAAGCCCUGGGUCUCUCAGCCUGGAGUGGAAAACAAUUGUGGCUACCACCUGUUUGAGAGUGACAGUGAGGAGGAGGAAGAGGAAGUUCCUGAGAAGACAGAGGAAGAGCAACCACCAAAGAAGAAAUCUGCUUUUCAGUUGGCCUAUGAGGCCUGGGUCACCAGCUCAAAGAAGGCCUUGAAGGACCUGAAGAAGGAGAAGACAAAAAUAAAGAAAGAAGAGAAGAAGAAAGCAAAGAGAGAGCUGCAGAGGCAGCAGGGCAUUGAUAAAGCAGAAUCCAGUGAGGACGAACCAGAUGAAAGUGUUGUGGAGGAGGAAGGAGAGGAGAAAAAAGAAAACAUCCUGCAGCGCAUCAUCAGCACGAUAAAGUUCAGCUGGGUGUUCCUUCAGUCUCUUCUUGAUGACCUGACGGAGGGAUUGAACUCAUUUUGUAAAGACAACCUGGACAUUUCCAAAGUGCUGCGCUUCGAGCGAGCGUUACUCAACCAGCAGCAAAAGAAGGGUAAAGAGGUGAGUCAGGAGAGUGUGAAGCAGUUUUAUGAAAACUGGAAGUCCCGUCAGAACACACUGUCGUCUCAGGACAAUCUAGAUAAAUCCCUGUCAGCUCCUGGCUCUCCACCUGCCAUCCCUUCUUCACAACAUGCGUACACCAAGCUGAAGAACCAAGCCUCCAAAAUUUCCUGGGGCAGCAGUGUUUCCAGCUGCAUGACGGACGAGACGAUGCUGGUGUCCCGGCAGCCAACGCAGGAGGAGCUGGAUGAGCCUCCUGCUGUGUCACCUGCUGCUGACCAGCUCAGACGAAGGCUCUUUAAAGAGGCCAAUAUUGACAUGACAUCUUUUGACACUGAUGAACUUUCACCCAGGUGAAUGGAUGACUGUGAAGAACAAAAAGAACUUCAUGAACAAGAGGAGGAUGAUGAGAAACAAACAGAAGUUGUUCAUCCUGCCGAAGAACAAGAACAACAAGAAGAUCCUGAGGUGGAGAAAGAGGAGCGGGAUGAGGAAUCGCUGCAAAGAGAAGAGGAAGAAGGUGCUGAAUACCCAGAAUGGACCUCGCUGGAUCUCAGGGAUAGCGAUGGAGAGAAGAGUCUUGACCUCACAGAGUCUCCCAGACCUCUGAGUCAAGAAACGAGGAACCUCACUGCCAGCGAGCUGCUGCUCAACAACAUGUUUGAAAAUGAUGAGAUCUCCGAGUCCGACAAGUUUUUCGUGACCUUACCGAGGCCGCUGAAGCUGCUGUUUGCGCUCUAUAACACCAUGGUGUCCAAGUCAGAGAUGCUGUGCUACUUUGUCAUCAUCCUAAACCACAUUGUGUCAGCUUCGCUCCUCUCCCUCAUCCUGCCGAUUCUCAUAUUCCUCUGGGCCAUGCUGUCUGUGCCUCGGCCGACCAAACGCUUCUGGAUGACAGCCAUCAUUUACACUGAACUGACUGUUGUGGUGAAGUACUUUUUCCAGUUUGGUUUCUUCCCCUGGACCACCUCUGCCUACCGAGGCAUCAACGCUGAGCGGCCCUUCGCCCUGCCCAACAUCAUUGGGGUGGAGAAGAAGGACGGCUAUGUCCUCUUCGACCUAAUUCAGCUGCUCGCGCUGUUCUUCCACCGAUCUAUCCUAAAGUGCCACGGGCUGUGGGACAACAAGGAGGUUGAGAUGCCCGAUUUCUUCAAGAAGCUGAAGAAGAAAGUGGACAAGAAGAAGACUGGAGCAGAGAAGAUGGGCAGCAGGGAGCAACCACCUCGCCGUCUGAGGUUCCUCCCCCUCCAGGCGUCCACCACCUCCUUAUUCUGUAGACUGAAAAAAGGCGAAUCUGCAGAAUCUGGUGAGUUGAAGCCCAAAAAGCAGCAAAGCAAGAAAAAGAGACGGGAACGACAUAAGGCUCCGCUGACAAGGAAGCAGAGGAUCAGACAGCAGAUCAGAGAGAGGAUGCUACAAGCCAAAGCUGCCGCCAUAGAAAUCGGCCUUCACAUCUACUUACCUAUAAGGCAGUUUUUCUAUGACAUCAUUCACCCAGAUUACAGCCCUGUGUGUGACGUCUACGCCCUCAUGUUUCUCAUUGAUGUCGUCAACUUCAUUGUCACCAUAUACGGAUACUGGGCUUUUGGGAAAUACUCUGCAGUGGCUGACAUUACAGAGUCACUGUCAGAAGACCAGGUUCCAGAGGCCUUUCUGGUCAUGCUACUGAUCCAGUUUGGUACCAUGAUAGUGGACCGAGCCCUUUACCUGAAGAAGUCUCUGCUGGGAAAGUGCGUUUUCCAGGUGGUGCUGGUGUUUGGCAUACACUUCUGGAUGUUCUUCAUUCUCCCUGGUGUCACAGAGAGGAGGUUCAACAGAAACCCAGUUGCUCAGCUGUGGUACUUUGUAAAGUGCAUCUACUUCGGCCUGUCUGCAUACCAGAUCAAAUGUGGCUACCCAAACCGCAUCCUGGGCAACUUCCUCACCAAGAACUACAACUACCUGAACCUCUUCCUCUUUCAGGGUUUUCGGAUGGUUCCCUUCCUGACAGAGCUGAGGGCGGUGAUGGAUUGGGUUUGGACCGACACCACGCUGUCUCUCUCCAGUUGGAUUUGCGUUGAAGACAUCUACGCUAACAUAUUCGUCCUCAAGUGCUGGAGGGAGUCUGAGAAAAAAUACCCCCACCCUCCGGGGCAGAAGAAGAAGAAGGUGGUGAAAUAUGGAAUGGGAGGUUUCAUCAUCUUUGCUCUCAUCAGCAUCAUCUGGUUCCCACUGCUCUUCAUGUCACUGGUCCAGUCAGCAGCCGGAGUCACCAAUCAGCCUUUAGACGUCUCCAUCCAGCUCAGCAUCGCAGGAUACGAGCCUUUGUUCACCAUGAGUGCCCAGGAGCAGAACUUGGUGCCUUACACAGAAGCCAAAUUCAACAGGCUCACCAAAGUUUAUGCGACUCAUCCAUCUGCCAUGCAGUUCAUCAUGAACUAUGAAGCCGAGGACAUUCUUGUUGCUAAGAUCAAGAGCGAUGCCAGUUUACUGUGGACCAUCAGCCCAGCCAGUCGAGCGGCCAUGAUCCAGGAGCUCAGCAACUCGUCUCACAUAUACAUGACCUUACGCUGGACACUGCUCAGGAAUGCGUCCAUAUCAAUGAAUGCAGAGACCGUGGGAGAGCACACUGUGAAGUUUGACGACAAAACCUUGAGGGAAGGGAUUGUGCGAAUGCUUAAAGGCAACAGCAGCAGACCUGUGAUUAUUGAUUCUCUGCUGCCUAAAUUCCUCAGGGGUCCCAAAGGACCUGAGUCCAAAAUGGCAACCAGGAUGAAAGUAGAUUCGACAGACCGUCCAGACCUUCAGGCGCUGGCUUUCUUCAGGCCCAUGUCAAUCCAGCUUCAGCAGGUCAAUGGGACGUCAAAGAAGGAGGCAGAUCAGUGGUGGGUGGUGGAAGAGUGCUCCCCAGUUGUCACGCCCUCCGAGCACAAAUGUCAAAGCAUCGAGUUAGUGGUGUUCAGCGAUAAAGUCAGCCCCUCCAGUCUGGGGUUUUUGGCCGGACACGGCAUCGUGGGUCUUUACAUGUCAGUGGUGCUAGUCAUCGGAAAGUUUGUCAGGGAAUUCUUCAAUGGGAUAUCCAGGUCCAUCAUGUUUGAGGAGCUGCCAUGUGUCGACAGAGUCCUGAAGCUUUGCACAGACAUUUUUGUGGUUCGUGAGACGGGAGAGAUGGAGCUAGAAGAGACACUGUUUGAGAAGCUCAUCUUCCUCUAUCGAUCACCUGAGACCAUGAUUAAGAUGACCAGAGAGAAGAAAGACAGCUAG